AUGAAGUUGGGAGAUGCUAUAAAUCUACCGGUACACGAGGGUUCCACUUCAUACAGAAGUCCCGCAUGUUCUACUACCCUUUAUGCCCAAGAUGAUCGUGUGUAUGCAAGAUACCGAGCUAUUCAGCUCCACUCAAACGUGACUUACUGCAUCUCAUCUCCCGACUGCCAGUCCAAUACUGGACAAAGGUGUUGUGUGCAACUCAACAAAUUCCGGGGUACUCCUGUUAUAUCACACCAUGCUGGCUGCCGCGUACCUUGCAGUACUAAGUAUCCUAGAAAUCCAUUUGAUCACCCUAAGGCUACAAGUGACGAAAAAAGCUCCCCGUUCCGCUCAAAUGAGCCUCCGGCUAUCUACGUGCAUGCCAACUGUUCAGCCCAACGUAAAUACCCUUCUUUAUCGGUCAGCGAAGAAGGCUAG